CGAAAUUUGACAACUCAAUAUCUACCCCGCGUUUCGGUUAUCCACCCGAUCUUUUCAGCAUGAAUGAGUCCGAGGACUUUGGUCGUCUUCACUGCUCCUUCAAAGCUUGUUUUAGGCAUAAAAUGGACCUGGACGUCUUAUUGACAUGCCCCACACACCUCCCUCAGUACGAUUGUCGUUUAACACAUCUCCCUUGCACGAAGUCGCUGGCAGCCCGGGCUCUAUGGACUCAUUUUGCCUUCGUCGCCUUUGUGUAUUUAUUUCUCCUUCCUUUCGUGCUCGACCUAUCGGUAACAUUUGCGACGGCUAUCCUGCAUUUUGGUAAGCUUUUGCUCCUAAUGCUAUUACUGUUCGAUUAUACACAUUCUAAAUAGAUAUUUCCGAAAAAUAAAAAAUCAAGGCCUAUAGGUUCGCUGUCGGUUGAAUAUUCGCACAACGCUUUUCCCAAUACCAGCGAGCGAGCUUUCGCAGUUCACCCUUCUUAAUUUUACCCGAUGGAGUAAGUUCUAUAGCGUGUCAGAAUCUGGCUAAGCACAUCGGCGAAAGACGACCCACCAAACGGCUCGUCACGAAGGAUAAUCAUGACAGGGAUUGCAUAUCUUGGUAAACUGGUUGA